AGAAAUGGUGCAAUUUUUCUGUGUUAAACCCAAGGGAGGCGACUCCUCUGUUUCCCCUGACUAUCUGUUCUCAUAUUGGUUGGGAUUCUGCAAGGAAUUCAAGGAUUUUUGGAAGAGAGAACAACAGCGUAUCGUCAAACAGAGGAUAAGGGAUAGCGAGAACAAGGUGCAGAAGAUCAUGGGAAACAAGACGGCUGCUGCUCCCCCCAAGAUGGCUCGGAAAGCAGGAGGACUGAAAGACCGGCUAGCACAGAAAGGAUUGCUGGGUUGAAAGUCAUGAUGAUUGCCGGGACUCCAGUGAGGAGGAGAGAGCAUGGAGGGUGUGAAGAGGAUGAGGGGCAAUAGGGGUGACGGCUGGGAGAAGGGGGGAUGCAAGAUGAGGGAUACGGAGAUGGGAGCAGUGCAAGACGAUGUUGACGACAAGAUUCUCGUGACAAUUGAUACAAUAGAAACAUGGAUUUGGGACGAGGGAUUAGAUGGCUUGUGACUGAGAAACUGGGAAAAUGAAGAUUGAAGAUGUCAAAUGGCUUUACCUGAUUGGCGCAUGGAGGAGAGUCUUAAGGAGGAAGGAAUGAGAGACUACCUGUGGAGGAAGAGACAGAGUAGGUGGAGGGUGAUGGAUGAUGUCAUCCUAAACAGGGAGGUCGAUGAGGUCGGAAUGAUGUUAAGUUAUCAUACAAUGCUCUGUAUUGUUUACAGAACAAUUCCCUGACUUUCAGUUGUUGAAUUUUGACCCAUGGAUAUUGACUUGAAUGUUAGUCACAUACUUCACAGACACAUUUAGCCAUGUAGAGUUUCAUUGUCACAUUAUCAAGCAUGGUGAUGGAGUGGAUAGACUACUGUGAUCGGUCCACGAUUCUUCCAGGUAGGGUGGGAUCUCAGAAACCUGAAAUACAUCUGUGUUAUAUCUUGUAAGUAGAAUUUAAUGAAAACAUCAGUUUUAUUGUAAAAACAGAAAACAUUGACAGUAGGCUGUUAUUCAUAGAAGACACUAGAAGAAAGGGUUUCAAGAGGAUCUCUGAGAAAAUGGUGAAAGCUGAAGACAUGAUUCAAGAAAAGAACACUUCUGACAGAGGAGAAAAUAUAUGAAAUAGUCAAAGCUUCAAGGAAGAGGAGAAGAGAAUGCUUUACAAGAGUUGAUGAAAGGGAUGAUGAAUUGGUGCUGUGAAAAAAGCAGGGGGUGGUAUUAGAAGUGAAACUGAGUGAGGGUAUGAGAAAGAGAGCGUAGGAUCAGGAGUAGUCUGUCUCACAGUCCCUGAACCACAUUAUUUUCCCUACUGCCAAGCCCUCUCUGCAGUGCU